GUCAACCUCAAUCGCAUAUACCUUACGGACGAGCUUCGGAUCGUCCAUUUCUAAUGUGUACAGCGAGAUCUCUGAUCAAUUCUCACAUCCCGAGUUGACCCAGUGAGUGGUGGAGUCGCGCGAGUCAGCGUCGCCGUUAUCACGGUGGUUGUUGGCGGCGGUGGCGGUGGUGCUAGGGCAGCAAGAUGGUGGAUCCGGCGAACACUCCACUCGGACGAAUGUUAUUGGACGAGAUCACACCCGUUGUCAUGGUGCUUCGAACGAACCUCGUCGAAGAGACUUGUCAAAAGAAUGGCCUCAGCUUGAUUCAAAUGCUCAGCCCUUUCUGUGCCUUCAACAACAUUGAUGUACCUGUACGGACAGCGAGUGAUCAACCCUACAGGCUUCAGAAGUUCAAGUUACGGUUGUUCUACGCGUCUGACAUUCGGCAGCCCAAUGUAGAGCCUCCCAAUCUGAACUCAUACCGUCAUGGUUUCCGUUCUUCAACAAAGAGCUAGUACGAACAGUCUCUUUUUCAGAUCAUGAAGCUUUUGACCAUCCUGUGGCAUGUAAGCUCUUGUAUUUCUUCUUCUAAUACUUUUCUGUUUGCCCCUCUCUUUCUAUGUCUCUCCUCAAGUUUGGUUGUUUUGAUCUCUUCUGCUUAUGAUGUCAGAUUAUGGUCUUUUACCUUUUUGGAAUGAUUACUUGAUUGUAUCCUUUGUUCAA